CUAGCCUCUGGCACAAUGAAGUGGGUAACCUUUCUCCUCCUCCUCUUCAUCUCCGGUUCUGCCUUUUCCAGGGGUGUGUUUCGCCGAGAAGCACACAAGAGUGAGAUCGCCCAUCGGUUUAAGGACUUGGGAGAACAGCAUUUCAAAGGCCUAGUCCUGAUUGCCUUUUCCCAGUAUCUCCAGAAAUGCCCAUAUGAAGAGCAUAUCAAAUUGGUGCAGGAAGUAACAGACUUUGCAAAAACAUGUGUCGCUGAUGAGAAUGCCGAAAACUGUGACAAGUCCAUUCACACUCUCUUCGGAGACAAGUUAUGCGCCAUUCCAAAGCUUCGCGACAACUACGGUGAACUGGCUGACUGCUGUGCAAAACAAGAGCCCGAAAGAAACGAGUGUUUCCUGCAGCACAAGGAUGACAACCCCAACCUGCCACCCUUCCAGAGGCCGGAGGCUGAGGCCAUGUGCACCUCCUUCCAGGAGAACCCUACCAGCUUUCUGGGACACUAUUUGCAUGAAGUUGCCAGGAGACAUCCUUAUUUCUAUGCCCCAGAACUCCUUUACUAUGCUGAGAAAUACAAUGAGGUUCUGACCCAGUGCUGCACAGAGUCUGACAAAGCAGCCUGCCUGACACCGAAGCUUGAUGCCGUGAAAGAGAAAGCACUGGUCGCAGCUGUCCGUCAGAGGAUGAAGUGCUCCAGUAUGCAGAGAUUUGGAGAGAGAGCCUUCAAAGCCUGGGCAGUAGCUCGUAUGAGCCAGCGAUUCCCCAAUGCUGAGUUCGCAGAAAUCACCAAAUUGGCAACAGACCUCACCAAAAUCAACAAGGAGUGCUGUCACGGCGACCUGUUGGAAUGCGCGGAUGACAGGGCGGAACUUGCCAAGUACAUGUGUGAGAACCAGGCCACUAUCUCCAGCAAACUGCAGGCUUGCUGUGAUAAGCCAGUGCUGCAGAAAUCCCAGUGUCUCGCUGAGAUAGAACAUGACAACAUUCCUGCCGAUCUGCCCUCAAUAGCUGCUGACUUUGUUGAGGAUAAGGAAGUGUGUAAGAACUAUGCUGAGGCCAAGGAUGUCUUCCUGGGCACGUUUUUGUAUGAAUAUUCAAGAAGGCACCCCGAUUACUCCGUGUCCCUGCUGCUGAGACUUGCUAAGAAAUAUGAAGCCACACUGGAGAAGUGCUGUGCUGAAGGCGAUCCUCCUGCCUGCUACGGCACAGUGCUUGCAGAAUUUCAGCCUCUUGUAGAAGAACCUAAGAACUUGGUCAAAACUAACUGUGAGCUUUACGAGAAGCUUGGAGAGUAUGGAUUCCAAAACGCCAUUCUGGUUCGAUACACCCAGAAAGCACCUCAGGUGUCGACCCCAACUCUCGUGGAGGCAGCAAGAAACCUGGGAAGAGUGGGCACCAAGUGUUGUACCCUUCCUGAAGCUCAGAGACUGCCCUGUGUGGAAGACUAUCUGUCUGCCAUCCUGAACCGUCUGUGUGUGCUGCAUGAGAAGACCCCAGUGAGCGAGAAGGUCACCAAGUGCUGUAGUGGGUCCCUGGUGGAAAGACGGCCAUGUUUCUCUGCUCUGACAGUUGACGAGACAUAUGUCCCCAAAGAGUUUAAAGCUGAGACCUUCACCUUCCACUCUGAUAUCUGCACACUCCCAGACAAGGAGAAGCAGAUAAAGAAGCAAACGGCUCUCGCUGAGCUGGUGAAACACAAGCCCAAGGCCACAGAAGAUCAGCUGAAGACGGUGAUGGGUGACUUCGCACAAUUCGUGGACAAGUGUUGCAAGGCUGCCGACAAGGAUAACUGCUUCGCCACUGAGGGGCCAAACCUUGUUGCUAGAAGCAAAGAAGCCUUAGCCUAAACACAUCACAACCAUCUCAGGCUACCCUGAGAAAAAAAGACAUGAAGACUCAGGACUCAUCUCUUCUGUUGGUGUAAAACCAACACCCUAAGGAACACAAAUUUCUUUGAACAUUUGACUUCUUUUCUCUGUGCCGCAAUUAAUAAAAAAUAGAAAGAA